UUGACACUGAUCAGGACCCCACUGGAUCCACUGGUGUGGCAGAAAUCAGGGACACUUUAUGAACAGGCACACUGUAAGGUGAUCAGGGACACUGAUUGGGCCACUGUAUGGUGAUCAGGGACACUGCUGGGCCACUGCGGUGAUCAGGGACACUGCUGGGCCCACUUGUGUGGGCGAUCAGGGACACUGGGGCAAUCAGGGACACUGUGGCGAUCAUUGACACUGCUGGACCACUUGUGCGGCGAUGAUCAGGACACUGCUGGGCCACUUGUGUGGCGAUCAGAAACACUGCUGGGCAACUGCAGUGAUCAGGGACACUGCGGUGAUCAGGGGCACUGCUGGACCACUUGUCUGGCGAUCAGGGACACUGCUGGCCAACUUGUGUGGUGAUCAGGGACACUGCUGGGUCACUUGUGUGGUGAUCUGGGCCACUGCGGCAAUCAGGGACACUGCGGUGAUCAGGGACACUGCCUGGACCACUUGUGCAGCAAUCGGGGACACUGCGGUGAUCAGGGACACUGCUGGGACACUGCGGCGAUCAGGGACA